AGAAUCGAAUCACAUUUAGCUAUCAGCUGUUUAAUGUCAUUUUCUUAAAUAUUUUUUUUGUAUGCGUUGUUUCAUAUUGGCUUCGCCAGUCAAAUUUUAAGUUGUGAAAUAAUAUCUUCAAAUAUUAAUUGUUAAAUAAACAACACAAAAUAAAACAUGGCUAGCUCAGUCAUUUUGGCGGGCCUAGGAGUAGCGGUCGUGGGGUUUGCAGGAAAGCACAUAAUGCGCCGAAUGCCUGCAAUGAGCGUUAAAAUCAACGAGGCCAUCAAAAAUCUACCUAAAUUCGAUGCUGAAUCCAUAGCAAAUUCAAAAUAUUACAAAGGAGGAUUCGAUCCGAAAAUGAACAAACGAGAAGCUUCUCUUAUACUUGGCGUUAGUCCAACAGCAUCUAAAGGAAAGGUAAAAGAUGCGCAUAAAAAAAUAAUGCUUUUGAAUCAUCCUGAUCGCGGAGGCUCUCCCUAUCUGGCUGCAAAAAUAAACGAAGCAAAAGAUUUGUUAGAUAAUAGUAAAUGAUUUCAAAGCAAUGACACAUAAAAUUUAUACACACCUGAUUGUACAUUACUAUUAAUUGUUAGAAAUUAUGUUUUGAAAAAUAAAAAUAAUGCAUAAAACAUGUGA